GUCAUAGUCAGUUUAUAAGCAACUGAUGAUUAAGUUACAUGUCACCAUGAAUUUGCUGCGUAAAAUGUUGAAUGCAAAGUGUGUUGUUUUAAUGGCAUUUGUAAUUUGCGUCGUGGCAACUGUAGCUGAUGCGGUAUUUGGAAAAGGGAAAAAACCAUCCAGUAGUGAUCCGGAUAUAAUUUGGGGUGUAUUCAAUGCAACGGACAUCAAUGGUAACGAUAUUGUUCAGUAUACAAUUCGAAAUAUACCAAAAAAAAAAUUUGACCAAGCAUUGGACAUAAUGAUAAACUAUUACUUGACCGACGAACCAAUAUCGGUGGCAAUGGGUAUAAUCAAUGACAAAAAUGUUGUAAAGUCAUAUCGGAAGCAAUGGCUAAAAAUACUAAAAAAUGGAUUGUCAGUGGCCUGUUUCAAAAGUGGAACCGAUGAGAUCGUUGGAGUACAAUUGUUACAAAUAGAGUCGAAAAACUCAGGAUAUUACGGUUUUGAUCUAUUUGAAAAAUAUAAUGUUACCAAAUUUUUGAUCGACGAUGGUAUGGCCGUUGUAUCAGCAUAUCGUGGCCGUAAAAUCGGAAAACAAUUACUAUUAGCAAGAGAACCAAUUUGUGCGGCUCAUAAUUUAAGGGUGACGUCAGCUAUUUUUACAUCCACGUAUUCACUUGCAAUAGCCAUUGAUCUUGGAUAUGAACUUAACAAACAAAUCGGAUAUGAAGACGUAAAGCUCUACCGAAAAUCAUAUUUGCCAUAUAUCGAUGGUGUGACCAUGGUUCUGAUGUCAAAGCAAUAUUGAGGCACAGUCGCUACAUAAUUUCAUCUGAUAAAAAGAAAAUGCGCACAAAAAAUGUUUAAACCAAAUUAAACAAUAAACAAUUUUUAUCAGAAAAAA